UCAAACAUUCGUGUUACCAAACCCUCAGUUGAUCCUCGCGCAUCAUUGUUAGAACUCCCUCCGUCGUUAUAACAAAAAUUGAAACAUGUCUGUUCUUGUUCGAACAAUUCAAAGAGCUCAUAAUGUUCUCUCUCAAACAUUAGGUUUUAGUAACACCAGCAGUUACAUUGCUGAAUCAGUUACCAAAUCACCCUUUGAAUCCAACAUUUUGCGAAUUAUCCGAAACGAAAUGGAGUUUCUAGCUGAUAUCGCUCCUCCACACCAGGCUUACGAGAAGAAACUGUUGAAUAAUCCAUUGAGGGAUAUCAAAGUGCAAAAGCUUGUACUCAACAUCUCCGUUGGUGGUGAAAGUAGACAUCGUCUCACCAGAGCCGCCAUGGUUCUUCACCACCUUAGCGGUCAAACCCCUGUUCUCUCUAAAGCUAAGCACACCGUCCGUUCCUUUGGUAAUAGAAGGAAUGAAAAGAUUUCUUGCUACGUCACUGUUAGAGGCGACAAGGCAAUGCAGCUUUUGGAGAGCAGUUUGAAGGUCAAGGAAUAUAAACUGUUGAGCAGAAAUUUCAGUGAUACCGGUUGUUUUUGCUUCAGUAUUCAGGAUCAUAUUGAAUUGGGAUUCAAAUAUGAUCCUUCUAUUGGUAUUUAUGGAAUGAAUUUCUUUGUUGUCUUGGAGCGCCCUGGUAAUCGUGUGGGACGUCGUCCCCGUGGCAAGGCACGUCUUGGAAUCCAGCAUCGUGUCACAAAGGAUGAUGCCAUGAAGUGGUUCCAGGGUAAAUAUGAAGGUGUGAUCCUAAACAGGCCCGAGCUCAUUUAGUCGGAUCAGGCCAUUCUUAAGGACUGAGUUCUAAAUUUUGUUGAUUGUAGUUUGAUGUUUCUUGAAUCCGUAGUUUAAAUUUAAUCAUCGGUACGGAUAUUAUUCUUUACAUGUUAUGUUAGCUGUUUUACGUUUUCUCUAAAUAUUGAUAGUGUGCCAAUGUCGUCGAAUUCA